AGUGCCGUGCAAAAUGUAUUAAAUUGUAACCUACUAUCUUUGUCAAAUAUUUGUAUCUUCAAAAUAAUAUCUGUUAUUUGUUUCCAAUACAAGUGUAGUCCUUCUCUAAAUCUUUGAUUCUAAAUAACAAUAAUAAUAACAGGACAAUUCCAUGGUUGAGCCAUGGUGCAAUUGGAAAUAGGGGAUCUUCCUGUUGAAUUAACUUCCAGUCCAUCAGCCUAUGUUGCAAUUGCUGGACUUGAUAUUGAUAAUAAUGUAAUUCAUCGAACAAUUUGGGAUUCCUUCAGUGCCAGCAGACAAGAUCGUGUUCCUUUAUUAUUAAAGCUAUUGCCUGUCAAUCAUGAAUUUCCAAAAGCUAAACCUAAACGUGCAACUUAUGACAGAUAUGUUCCAAAAGGAAUUUUAAAAUCCAAUUGGUUGUCCAAGCAUUUAUCACAAGUACCAGCAGUUGCUGUUCAGUUUGUUGAUUUAGAUUGGGACUGUCCAUCAUGGGCGGAAAAACGUUUAGAAUGUGCAAAAAAAUUGGAAUUAUUAAGGGAAAACCUACAGGGACGAAGUACACGAGUUGCAUUAGUUCUUAUUCAAAAGAGAGCUGCUUUGCCAGGAACUGAUGAUCAGAUUGCAUCUGAGAGAGCAGCAUCUUUAUGUAGUGCCUGUGAUCUGUCGGGAAAAACAUUAUUUGUUUUGCCACAUUCUGAUCAUUUAUAUGGUUACACACUGCGCUUGCAAAAUGCUUUUUACGAGUUAGCUCAAACGUAUUACCAUCAUGAAAGCCGACGCAUAAAAAACCAUAGGGAUUUUCUAAAUAAAACAACACAUCAGUUACUGUUUGUGAGACAUCAGUUCAAGGUUGCUUUUUUGACUGAACUUAAACAAGAUGUUGGCACUGCAUUGAAGAACUAUAAGCAAGCCUAUGCAAAUUUGAUGGAAGUUCGUGCAUCAGAUGCCAAUAUGCUUGAAAUUAAAACAAUUGCUGGUUUCAUAAAUUAUAAGAUGUGCAGACUCUCAUUUCUUAAUACAGCACCUGUGGAUGCCAUUUCUCAAUUUAGAAAUCAUGUGGAUAUAUUCAAGAACAAAAUUGGGCAUCAUGAACUGGCCUUUGAACAUAGUGCUUGGAUGUCUAAGCAGUUCAGCCAUUUUGGAGAUUUAUUUGAAGAUGCUGUACAACAAGGGUUGAAUGCUAUUCAGACGCAGCACCCUGGAUUUUAUUAUCAGCAAGCCGCAAAUUAUGCUACCAGUCGGAAGAUGCUGUGUUACAAGCUAUGCAAAUCUGUUCAAGAAGCACCUAAUUUUGAAGUUUUGGAUGGUGCAGAUUCGUUGGAAUUUUAUGGUCAAAGGCCAUGGAGAGCUUGUUGUCAGAGUUUGGAGCCACCUGAUCCCGAAAAAGAAAUUCAAGGAAUUUUAGCUUUGAAAUAUAAAGAAUUUAAUGAAGUUGAUCACUCAAUGAUAAUUAUCCCUUUGUUGAGCAGUGCAGUUGCCCAAUUCAAAAAAUAUAAAUGUCCAAGAAUGAAAAGGCAGUUAACUGUUGAAAUGGGGGAAGAAUACUACAAUUAUAAGGAUUAUAAGCAAGCUUUAACUCUUCUGAAACAUGUUUUGUGGGAUUAUCGAACUGAGAAAUGGAGGCCGAUUAUAUCUAGUAUUUUGUCUACAGCUUUACGUGCUGCAUUUUUAGCUGCAAACAUUCAAGAAUACAUUUCUCUUGGAAUUGAAAUGAUUAGUAGCUGGAUUUCUUGUAAUACAGAUGAAAAAUCUUUGAUCCAAAACAACAUCAAUAAUGUCCUUUUAAGGAAACCUUUACUGGCCAUGCCUGGAAUUUCUGAGCAAGAUAACAAAGAAGCUGAAAAGCUGUGGACUGAAGCUAUGUCACUAAAAGAACCUCUCAUUUUUACCAUUCAGAUGGCAUCAAUUGUUCCUUUUAUUGAAUGUAAGGCUAGUUUUGGAUCUGAAAAUUAUAUGGCUGACCAAAGAAUCACAAUUACUGUUUAUUUGAGAAUGAAUUGUCCCCAAGCAAUGACAUUCAACAAAUUGAGCGUGCUAUUUAAUAAUGAGCAUUACAAUCGCUUUUGUGAAGUUCCUUUAGUCAAUGAUAAACAAAAGGCUGAUGAUAAAAAUAUGCAUAAGUUGUACCUUGUUCCACGAAACACUCACACUUUUACCUUCAGCUUUAUCCCAGAUCUAAGUGAUAUUGGAAAAGUCAUUCAGGUAACAUCUAUUGCUUUGCAAAUGGGUACCGAUAAUUUUGUGUGCUCUAUUCUUCAUUGGACAACUCCACCAUAUCAGCCUGAAAUAUUAAAUAUUCUACCUAAUACACACGCAAUAAAAGCUGGUUCUUUCAGUGAUGACCCUACAUUCCAGAAUAUAAUUCCUCAGUCAUUUGCUAAGAUUCUGCCAAGAAAUGCUCAAAUAACUAUAGAUGUAGAACAUCAACCUCCAGUUCUCAUCAAUGAGUUUUAUGACUUUUAUGUUAGUAUUGUAAAUGAUGAAAUCAGCAAAAUCGAAAAUGUUAAGCUUUCUGUGUCUUUAAAAGAAGGUCAAGAACAAUUUAUACAUGAAACAACUCAUCUGUCAGAAACGAUGGUGAAUGUGAAACCAGCUGUCCAAUAUUUGAAUAAUGUAUCUCUUGGAGAAAUAACAUCUGGAGGAAAAGUUCAAAAACACAUUUAUAUGAAAGCUUCUGCUGUUGCUACUCAAAAGAUAGUUUUUGAGGUUUCAUAUGAUAUUAAUGUCGAAAUAGAUGACCAACUAUUAAGCUGUUCUUGCAAAAGGAGUCAAGACUUAGAAGUUUUUUCAAUUGAACCUUUUGAAUUUGUGAUCAAAACCUUAAAUAUGAAAUUUGAAGAGCAACAUGUUUUGCGAGCGGAAGAACCAUUCAUAUUGAAAAUCGAUGUUCAUUCUUAUUCCUCACUUCCUAUUCACUUGGAGACAUCAUCGCUAGAAUUGCCUCACUACAUCAAAUUUGUUGAUGAUGAUAUUUCUUCUCUGUUGCAAAAGUUGACCCUAAACACCAAUGAAGUUGCCACAGAGUGCUUUAUACUGAAAACAACUGAAGAAAGUCCUCCUGAAACACACUUAGGAAUGUUUUCUUUGAAAUGGAUGAGAAAUACUGCGAAAGAAAAUCAUAGUUUUGUCCAAACAGAUAUACUGCUCCCCUCCAUAACUGUCUCAAAGCCCCCAAUUUACAUAGAACUUGAAUCCCCAGCCCAUGGGUGGGUUCGCACCCCAAUGACUUUGACAUAUUCAAUACAUAAUCGAUCGACAAAUGUUCAAGACAUGGAGUUAGUCGUCGAGAGCAGCGAUGCUUUCAUGUAUGCUGGAAACAAACAGAUGCGCUUUCGCAUUUUGCCACGGGAUGUUUAUCAGCUGAAGUACAACCUUUAUCCAUUAGUUCCUGGUUAUGCUCUUUUGCCUCAGCUACAGUUAACUCUAAGUCCCGGAAAAUCUGACCAAUGCUCUUUGAAUCCUCUAAUACAAGAAAUGGUUCCUUCCCAUAUUUUUGUUAUGCCUCAAGGAAGAAAUGUCUCUGAAGAUAUUAGAUCAAUGUAAUGUCUCAAGAAAAAUCCAGUCAUCUAAAAAUGUGUUAUAUUUAAUUUUAUUCUAUUUGUAAUAUGCAAUAUUUAAUGUUAAUUGUUUGUGAUGAAAAUAUAUUUAUA